AUGAGAGUACUAUCGAUACUAUCGAUUGCCAAACCACCGGCGCCGCUUUGCAGCACUGCCCCGCAUUACAGGGCAUUUUCGGCACUUUUGCAACACCGCCAACUAUCGAUAUCACAGCAUUUCCCAAACGGUGUGAACAAAAAUUUGCAGAAGCAGGACCUCAGCAACUUGGACGUGACCAAACUCACCCCUCUUUCGCCAGAGGUCAUCUCCCGCCAGGCCACCAUCAACAUUGGUACCAUCGGUCAUGUAGCCCACGGUAAAUCCACGGUGGUCAAGGCCAUCUCCGGUGUGCAGACUGUGCGUUUCAAGAACGAGCUGGAGCGGAACAUCACAAUCAAGCUGGGUUACGCCAAUGCCAAAAUCUACAAGUGCGACAACCCCAAGUCGCGCCCGGCCAGCUUCGUAUCGGACGCCUCGAGCAAGGACGACAGCUUGCCCUGCACCCGACUCAACUGCUCCGGUAACUUCAGAUUGGUGCGACACGUGAGCUUCGUCGAUUGCCCCGGUCACGACAUUCUUAUGGCUACCAUGUUGAACGGUGCCGCUGUGAUGGACGCCGCCCUGCUGCUCAUUGCUGGCAAUGAAUCCUGUCCACAACCGCAAACCUCUGAGCAUUUGGCUGCCAUUGAGAUCAUGAAGCUAAAACAGAUUCUGAUCUUGCAAAACAAGAUCGAUCUGAUCAAGGAAAGCCAGGCGAAGGAGCAGUACGAAGAGAUCACCAAAUUCGUCCAGGGCACCGUCGCUGAGGGCGCCCCGAUCAUCCCAAUCUCGGCCCAGCUCAAGUACAACAUCGAUGUACUCUGCGAGUACAUUGUAAACAAGAUCCCCGUGCCACCGCGCGACUUCAACGCCCCGCCCCGUCUGAUCGUAAUCCGAUCCUUCGACGUCAACAAGCCAGGUUGCGAAGUGGCAGAUCUAAAGGGCGGCGUGGCCGGCGGCUCCAUCCUGAGCGGCGUGCUGAAGGUGGGCCAGGAGAUCGAGGUGCGACCGGGCGUCGUGACCAAGGACAGCGACGGCAACAUCACCUGCCGUCCCAUCUUCUCGCGCAUCGUCUCGCUGUUCGCCGAGCAGAACGAGCUGCAGUACGCCGUGCCCGGUGGUCUGAUUGGUGUGGGCACCAAGAUCGAUCCGACGCUGUGCCGUGCCGAUCGUCUGGUCGGUCAGGUGCUGGGCGCCGUUGGCCAGCUGCCCGACAUCUAUCAGGAGCUGGAAAUCUCGUACUACCUCCUGCGUCGCCUGCUGGGUGUCCGCACUGAUGGCGACAAGAAGGGUGCGCGCGUAGAGAAGCUGCAGAAGAACGAAAUCCUCUUGGUUAACAUCGGAUCCCUCAGCACCGGCGGUCGCAUCUCGGCCACCAAGGGUGAUUUGGCCAAGAUUGUGCUGACGACGCCUGUGUGCACGGAGAAGGGCGAGAAGAUUGCCCUCAGCAGACGUGUGGAGAACCAUUGGCGUUUGAUCGGUUGGGGUCAGAUCUUUGGAGGCAAGACAAUCACACCCGUUUUGGACAGUCAGGUAGCAAAGAAGUAGAACUAAGUUAGGAUCCGAUUGGUUCUACUUUUAGAAGCAACACCAGCGACAACAGUAGCAGCAUCAUCUUUAUUAGACCUCUUCGCCCUGCUCCCUUUUGUCCCCCAGCUCCAUUCUUCCCGUGUCCGUUGAUCAAACCGAAACAAAAAAGUACCAACAAAAACAAAUACAUACCUAACUUAAUUUAUUAAAUUUUGUUGUCGUGUAUGUAUAUAAAAAGAAAACACACGUUUCGCUUGCGAGUGUUGUGCAUCUAUAGCAGAAUCAGGCAUUACAAAAACAACUAAUAGGUUAUACCUUACAUAUUAUAUUAACUAAAGGCAAAUCUGAUACAUCGUAAAAUUGUUUUUAUGAUUUAAAUACAAAAGAAAAACGAAACGAAAAAAGAACUCGUAACAAUUGUAUUGCAUUUUUUACAAUUAAAACCUCAAGAACUGA